GCUGAUGGUUAUGUGUGUGUGCGUGGCGAUCGGUGUAUGUGAAGAGGUUGAGCCCGAAUAUACCGUCCCGGGGGUCGGGAUUGAAGGUAACGAUACCUCUUCAACUACGCCUAAAGGGUUCAAUGCCUUUUUUGACAACCCCAUGGAUUUUUUUCUCUUUAUGGACGAAGUGAAAACUGUGUCUAUGUCCUACAGACUUGUGUGUGAUAGAGUUGCUGAGAAAGUUCAGCUCACUUUUCGUAGCCAGGAUCCCGAUAGGUUCUUCGUCGUCUCUCCGGACAGGGUCCUGAUUUCGUGUGAAAAUGCGACAGAAACUUUCGUCAGUAUGGAAAACACUUCCAUUACAACCACACCAAUAUCUAGCUUGUCUCCAAUGGCUGACCAACUCUACGAAUUAGUCCAAUCAGACAAGAUAAGGCUACACCUGUCCGCAGUCCUGCUUGGACGGAGAAACUUGGUCAUUACUGUCCGUAGGUCAAGUCCGGACAAUAAUUCCAUCAGUGACGACGGAAACACGGAUCAACUAUUAUUCCCAUUCGUCAUCAACCGGAAAAUGUCAAAGCUUGAUCUGGCAUUUCGGAUCAUAGUGUAUUUCUUCCUUAUCUUCAUCACACUGGCGUUUGGCUGUAAACUGGACCUAAAGGUGGUCAAGGAAUCGGUCAAGAAACCAAUAGCUGUUAGUGUUGGUCUGGGAUGUCAAUACCUAGUGAUGCCGCUUCUGGGGUAUGCCGUCGCUAAACUUGUUGCGUCCGAUCAACCGUCUGUGGCUUUGGGAAUCUUCCUUGCAGGCUGCUGCCCCGGGGGUGGGGCUAGCAACAUAUACUCCCACCUUCUGGAUGGUGAUCUGUCAUUAUCCAUUACUAUGACUCUUAUCAGCACCAUAACCGCCAUAGGUUUUCUUCCACUAUGGAUGUACACGUUAGGUCAAGAAUUCCUCCAAGACGGUAAUAAAAAGCUGGAUGUCCCGUUUUUCAACAUCUUCACUACUCUUCUCCUUCUCAUCAUUCCGCUCCUCGUUGGAAUCGGCGUACAAUACAAACUUCCUAAGGUCAAAAGAUUCAUCCUGAAGAUCGUCACUCCGGUAACCAUCGUAGCCAUUAUUCUUCUUCUGUCAGUUGGGAUAUAUUCAAACUUGUUCAUAUUCAAACUUUUUAAUCCUAACGUGAUUCUAGCUGGCUGUCUUCUGCCUUAUUUCGGUUAUGUUAUAGGAGGCAUCAUAGCGUUUAUUCUGAGACAACCCUGGGUGAAAAUCAAGACGAUCGCCAUAGAAACAGGUAUGCAAAAUACUAGUGUGGCUUUCAUCAUUUUGCUCUAUGCUUUCCCACCACCGGAUGGACAAUUAGCGGCAGUCGCUCCAGCAGCCUCUGCGGUUAUGACGCCACUUCCACUUUUUGUUAUUACCAUUAUAUUUGUUAUAUACAAAAAAUGCAAUCCGGAAAAAUAUCAGAAAGUUACCCAGAAAGAUGAAGAAGCAAAAGAACUGGAACUUGAAAUCAAUGGCAAUAUCACUCCAGAAUCACUUGAGAAAGCAAGAGUGUCGAACAUUUAGUUUUGUAGUCGUGUAAAAAUACUCACUUGCUCCCACAACCAUUGUAUAUUUCUUCAAUCCUAACUUAGUGGAUAAACUUAGUAGCAGUUGCAACAUUUUUGGUUACCCACUUGUGGGUUACAGCCUGGACGUUAUUUCAUUGGGCAAUCUUCUAAUUAUGACGUCAAGUAACAAUGAUUUGCGACGUCACCUUCCAUUGUGACGUAAACCCCGUGUGUUAAUACAAUUUGAAAAUUUACUUUGGUAAGAAAAAAAUGCCAUCACUCAUUGAGGAACCUCUAUAUUCCGACAAAAAACGCAAAGAUGUCUCUUCGUGAUGUUUUUAGAAAUUCAGUUUCAGUGGAAUUCCAUCGGUGCAUAGCGAAGGGAAACCCUUGGAAUAAGAAGAAAAUUCUUUGCUUUUUCGAGAACAAAAGUAUCUUUACUAAAACGACAAUCCAGUGUGUCUUGGCUAUGGCAUCCUCGAUUCUCCAGGGCUUAUGCUCACUUACGCUCACUUACGCUCUCUACACCCGUCGGAUAUGUCAUAGCAAAAUUGGAGGCUCAGUGUUGGCCACCUUGUUCAUUUGAUGUACAUCAAAAAAUUAUCGCGGUAACGUAACGGCAAACAUUGACAAGCUUUGAAGCCGGGUGCCGCUCCUUUGUAAUCUUCAAAGGACAGGUAUCAGCCUACCCAUUGGUCAGUUGUGUUUACCCGAGACCAACCAAACAGCUAUCUUCUUGCCUUCAAUUUUGCUAUCACAUACUCCAGGGGUGCAGAGAGCGCAACCCCUGGAUUAUCGAGGAUGGGCAAUGGAGGAGUCAUUGCACCGAUUAGUUAUGCAUAACAUGACACUACGUCCGAUACUUUUUUUAUAAAGAUCCUAUGCUUAAAUUGGCAUUAGUUAUUUUCUUAUAAAGAUAGGGACAUGGUAGUGUGAUUAUAAUGUCGAGCUUACAUGACAUUGACUCAGAAUUAUGAUAAAUUGAUAGAUUGUUUUAAAUGGACAGCUCUCUCCUGGCUCGGGGUGAUUUUAACCCUAGAUCCGAUCAUGUGCUCGUCCAAUGAUGUCGAUUUAUUUAGGGGAAAGAACGUUGUUUUGAGUGGCUAUACUGGCUUAGUUUCCAUGCUAGUGAUAAACAUUCUUAUAACUAAUCUCAGAUUAGAUUUAGAUUAGGAUCAAUUUAUUUGAGAAUUUUAACGUUUAAACACUAAAUGCUUUACUUACGGGAUCAGAUCAAGUCGUUUCAUAGCUUGUCUGUCUGUCUUCUCAGUAGUUAUCUCCCAACAUACGUAUCUGGUUAGCUAGAAUCAAUGGCCAUGCGUUCUGAUAACAUUUCUGUGUAAUGUUACUUUAGCACUUUGAAAUAACACUGGAUUGGUCUCACUAUAAAACACAAAACCUGUCAAUCAAUAAAUCAGUCAAUCAAUUAAUCAAUCGAUGAAAUCUCUGAGUGAUAGUCUAACUAGUCGGGAAUUAUAAGUCUGUGAAAUUAUCGCGUCGCUAAAUCAAAUAGACCCAAUCAUGAUUUUCAGCGUUUCAGUUCAAAUGAGGAAUCAAAUAUGAUGGGUUACGGAUUUUUACCUCUAAGUAGUCUUCGUGCUGCCAAUAGUCUGUACUUAUUAUGAAAACCUUCUAUAUGGUUUCCAGUAAACAUUAUACCAGACAUGUCAUUUAGCAAUAUAACAGUUUACGAACUGGUUAACAAAGAGACACACAAUUUGAAGCUGUGUUACUUUCACCGGUCUGUGGGGAUUGACCAAUUCAUUAACUACCAUACCGUAGAAAACACCAUGCUGUCUAGCAUGGCUAGUGUUUUCAUUGUUAGGUUCCAUACAACGGAUAUACUCGAAUGAAGCCAAUUAAUACCAGAACUCAGGGCCUGUAUUCACGAAAUCGUUAUCGUGCUCAAGCAUGGAUUUUGUCCUCAAGCCUAAUUUCUUGUUCUGAUUAUAAUUUAAUAAACAAAUCUUAUUUUGUCAAUGAUUCGGGAAAAGUUUGAAGAAAUUUAAAGCAAAAUGCAUUUUGCAAUGUUUACAGUUGACUUUUUGAUCGUUUGACAUGGAUUAAGCGAGUUACAAGAAAUUUGGUUUGAGUACAGAAUCAAAACGUGAUAAUGAGAACUGUUUCGUGAAUACGGGCUCAGUUGUCUGUGAGAGAAUGAUACUCAUACGGAGUGGAGACAAAUGUUUACCUAUUUUUACAUUUGCUUUGUAUAUUCACUAUAUAAAUAUAUCAAAUUUUGUGUCACGUGAUUAGUUUAUGACACCAAGAGUGCAAAAACAAGAGGGAAAGCAAUCCGUUCAUUGCGAACCCCGAGGUGUACAAAGGAAGAAGGCCAACUGUUUCUAAAACAUGCCGACUUUUCCCUGACAAAUGGUCGACUUAUGGCAAGCCAGCUUAACAUGUAAUAGUUAUACCUAACAGAGAUAUCUCUAUUAAUUUAGGAGAAAUCUUAAAAACAAAACAGAAAUAUCAUCUUUACUAAUUCAGGAGAAAUCUAGCAAAACAAAUAUCACAUAUUUAAUCCUACCUACAUAACAUAGGUACAUCACGUGUAAAGAUAUCAUGAAUUCCAAUAAAAAAAUCUUGAAUUUAUUAAAACCUAGCUCUAUUUAAUUCUUUAAAGAUCUUUUUUAUUCCAUUUUGAGAUAGCUUCAAUUCAUUUAAAGAUAUUUCUACUAAAAUGAAAGAAACACUGUAGCUUAGUUCAUUUAAAGAUAUAUCUAACACUUUGACGGUCUUUCUGUGGCUAUUAAAUAUAUAUAUUAAGUUGACUUGCUAUAAUGGCUGUUCAAGUGUCAGGUUGCACAUAUGUAUGAGCUUUUAACACUGUACAAAUGUGACUGUGUUUACACAUGUGUAGCGAUUUACAAAUGUAUGCACACGUGCUCGAUAAUUCAUUCAGGUACGUCCAGGCUAUGUGUACACACAUGUCCGAGCGAUAGACGUAUGUGAAUAAGUGUUGAACUACACAAAUCGUUGUGAGCUGUGUGUGAACCUGUCAGUAUGAGUGGGAGACAUGUACACUGUUGGUUUACCACGGCGAUCACAAAUCAACAAUGUCUCCUCAUGUCGUGACAAUAGGGUGGCGAAAGGUUAAAUUUAAUCAGUCAUAUUGUAAACAAAACCAGGAUAAUUUGUCCAGAGUAUGAUAUAUUUCAUGUUUAUACAUUUUUAUUUGUUAUUCAGAAACAAAUGAACACUACCUAUGUUUAUUUUAUAUUCUAUAUAUUUUAUGUGCUAAUGUUGUCCAGUCUGUUUUUGAACAUUUAUUUAUACUUUAUCACAAUAGCUAUCUGUAUUACAGGAACAGAAAAAUAUCCCCCAAAAGUCAAAUUUGAGAACAUAUUCUUUCUCUUCCCUUUUGAGAUAAGGAAAAUAAUUAUAAUUACAUAUUUGACAACCUUUCAAGUGUAUUAUAUAAGUCUUAUCGACUUAAUGUCUAUCACAAAGUUUAUCAACGGUCACUUUUGAUCCAAGCUGUCGGACUUAGCCCUUCUUCAGAGAGUGUUGCCCUUCACCCUUAUAACACAUCCGCAUUUGAAAACCAAUUGUUUUCAAGUAUGGAUGUGACAUGAGGGGUUCUUAUAUACGGAAGUGACAUGAGCUUUUAAGUCUGUCAUGAGGGGCUAAGCCAAAAAGCUGGCUUAAGGGUAACGUUUAUGUUUAUUUUAUCUACUGUCGUAAUUUAUCUCUAAGUAACUGAUCCACGCAAGGUCAGGUGACGGUCUUUAUAGAGGCUUAUCCAGGUGAAGCCUGAUGUGAUGUUACAUAAAAGAACCAUACAUUACCAAUUUGUUCAUAUACAGGUGUAAGUUCAUAUUAACAAAUACAUUGUCGGAGAUAUUAUGUUAUAUUACAAUUUUAUA